AGGUCUUGUUCUCUGCACUCCAGCCCAUCUGUGCGCAGAGCCUCGUUCCCGGGCUCCCGGAGCCCGGCGGGCAUUGACGUCAAACGGCAGCGGAGCGCUGCCUACAGACGGCUGACCCGGGCCCUCCUCCACACCCCCGUCCUUCCUCGCCCCCUCCCUCUUCCCGGCACCCGCUUCAGCCGGCUGGCUAUAAGAAGCGGGAGAGCGCGGUGCCUGAGCAGAGACGAGGUCCAGCACCAUGGAGAGCUCCCGCCUGCGGCUGCUACCCCUCCUGGGCGCCGCCCUGUUGCUACUGCUCCCUUUGCUGGGUGCCGGUGCCCAGGAGGAUGCCGAGCUGCAGCCCCGAGCUCUGGACAUCUACUCUGCCGUGGAGGAUGCGUCCCAUGAGAAGGAGCUGCCAAGGCGGCAACUCCGGGCUCCCGGCACUGUGUUGCAGAUUGAAGCGCUGCAGGAAGUCCUAAAGAAGCUCAAGAGCAAACGCAUUCCGAUCUACGAGAAGAAGUAUGGCCAAGUGCCCAUGUGUGAUGCUGGAGAGCAGUGCGCAGUGCGGAAAGGGGCCCGGAUCGGGAAGCUGUGUGACUGUCCCCGAGGAACAUCCUGCAAUUCCUUCCUCUUGAAGUGCUUAUGAAUGGGACAGCCUCCCUCUUAAGUUCCCACAUUCCCUCUUUCCCCAAAGGAGCACUCUUUUAUCCCUGGAGCCCUGGCUUUAGCAACAAUAAAGUUUGCAUUCCCUUCCAAGAGUGGAUGGGAUCUUUCCCUGCUGUUUCAAAAUAAAAGAGCACAUUUGAUGUUA